GAGAAAUGGACUUGCAAUCAUCAUUGAAGGAUUCACUUGAUUCGCUCCUUAGGAAUAUAACCGUCACCUGUAGUAAAAUAUACGUCUUGCAUAGGAAAUGCAUCGCAUAGCAAUAGGUGUGAACAGCAUGAAAUUAUACAGGAAUGCAUUGAGUUGCAGCUCUGCACUGCGUACAGAAAUGCAGUAUGUCUUAAUAAACAAUGUGAUCAUAACUGAAAGACUCGCUUGUGGUCAUUCGCUCCUUAGGAGUAUGACUGUCCCCUGCUGAACAAUAUACGUCAAUAAUGCUGAGAGGAAGCAAGACACGUUGCAGGAUGAUUAUGAAUGAGCUGGGACGCGGCGCAUGAUCCACCUCUUGUGGAGCCAAAUUUGGCUCGUGUCUGUUCAAUAAGAGGAUGUGUAUAACUGCAGUGAGCUGUGGAACGGUCAGAGCGAAUUUGUGUUAAAAUGUCUGCGCUGGUUUGAAAAGAAGUUGUCAUUAGAUUAUCGGUCGAUUGGAAGGAGUUCUCUGUUGCAUGAUGCCCCUGUGUUCAGAAUGGAAUAAAUUACGCUCCGAAGGGCACUUCGGAAGGAGAAACAAUCGUGAUAUUCAUGUUAAUAGAUGACGAACAAUCGCUGGAUAGAACACGCCCUGAACAAGCUGUGGCGUGGUAAUGAGGCUGACAGGAAUCACCUGUGUGGCAGAACCUGAUUAAAAAAUGCUGGGGGUUGAAAUGGUGGUUGGAUUGAAUAGUUAAUCUUCGUUUCUCACACUAAUAGCAUGAAGCAGGAACGGCGCCCGUCCGCGGGGGCAGUUCGCACUGCUUUCUGGGUGGAAAGUUUAGAUAAGAGAACAUAUGAGCAGUCGUAGAGAGCUGUUUCACAUUUUUAAAGAGCAGCCAGUUUCAUGCUAUAAACUAGAAUAGAACUAGCAUAGAAAGAAAGACAGGUUAAAAAAAAUAUAAUACGUAACAUGGUAGCCGUCAAUACUGCUAAAAACAAAAGAGCUGCUGUGACAGCUGUGAAAUUUGGCAUCUUCACCCAUUUUACUGUCUUAAUCCACCGCUCUCUAUUUUUUCCCACUUCUGGAAAGUCAUUCAAAGUCAGAGUGGAUUUUUUCAUUUGGUACUGGAGCAAAUGGGUAAGUGAAAAUAACUUUUGCUGUGAUCUCCCAUUCACUGCUGUCGAAGUUUACCCAGCAAACGUUUACUUCUGCUUUCCAAAACCCAGUGUUUGAAAAAGGUCUAUUGAGUACUUUUAUGAUCACAAAUUGUUAACAUACUUUAUUUUGUUUCAGUAAAGGGACUUUGAAUUGGACAUGUUUUUGAGUUUUGAGGUCCAGUUAUUAAAGAUUGACAUGGGUCCAGCUCUAUGUGCAUAGGCCAUAGAAGAACUAUUCUCUGAGUUCCUCUAUGGCCUAUCUCACUUCACAUAUGCUUUGUCUAAUGGUAUGGAUUCUGAGGAGCUGGUUGAAAUCUUUAUAAAAUCAUGUUCUCUUUCUCCAGAUACUGCUCCUCUGAAGCCAAGGAGAAUAAAUUAAGGGUGCUGCCCAGCCCUGGUUAUAUGACUCCACCUGCAGUCUUAGACAAGACUGUAGAAAGGCAAAGUGGAAAAAAGACAAACAGAUCUCAUAUGACAUUUUAAAGGAUUCCAUUUAGUUAUCAAAGAUCAGUGAAAGAGACCAAAUCAAAAUUUCUCUCCAAAUCAAUUUCUGAAAAUCCUAAUAGGUCCAAAGUACUGUUUAAUACUGUUGACUCUGUUAAAUCCCUCUACUUUUGCUUUUCAACAGGGCCGGAUCUAGGGGGGUGCUGGGGUGGGCCCCCAUGGCGCUAAUCAUAACCCUAACGAGAGUGUGCUAGAGACACACUCAAGCUGGUGCGAAUGGAAGACAUACUUGCGCACAUUUGAUCCACCGCAGUCAUUUCCCCUUCCAACUGAUUAACUUCACAAUCACAUAAGAAGUGUUCAGAUUUUAAGAUGGAUGUUAUUACUACACAUCUUUUGAAACAUUUAGUCAUAUACAUUUUGUCAUUUACGAUUUUAAGAUGGAUGUUAUUACUACACGUCUUUUGAAACAUUUAGUCAUAUACAUUUUGUCAUUUCUUCCAAAUGAAGAACAUAAGUAAUUUGUCAUACAAAAGUCAACAAUAUCUGCAGUAUUGCACUGCCAAGUUCUCAGUGGCUGGAGUGGUAAAGAUGCUAGUGCAGAAGAAAGAGACAGACACAUAUUUUUAUUUUAUUUUUUAUCAUUAAAAAGUAAGUGCAUUUAGUGUGGAUUGGUUAAGUGCAUACAAAACAGAUAUGUUUUCAGCUGUUUCUUGAAUGCUGAGAUGGUAUCAGCAGAUCAUGUGGAGGUUGGAAGCUCAAUCCACCACAGAGGAACAGAGAGAGUGAAUGGUCAUGAAAUGGACUUUGUGCCUCUUUGCAAUGGGACCACCAGGUGCUAUUGUUCAUUGAACGCAGUGAGCGAGUCAGGACAUAGACCCGGAGGAGUGAAUUAAAGUAAGAGGGUGCUGUUCCACAGGCUGUUCUGAAGGCCAGAGUCAAAGCCUUGAAAUUGAUGUGGGCAGUUACUGGCAGCCAGUGGAGUGAAAUCAAGAGUGGGGUGACAUGAGCCCUCUUUGGUUGAUUGAAGACCAGAUAUGCUGCAGCGUUCUGGACCAUCUGCAGUGGCUUAAUCAUGGUAGCUGGCAGGGCAACAGGGCCAACAGGGCAUUACAGAUGUCUUUGCUACCGUUAGUCCAAAUGUGACAGACAUAAUUAAUAGCCACCUAGCAAAUGGAGUUGUACCAACUUGCUUUAAACAUGCAAUUGUCCACCCUUUGCUAAAAUAAAAAAAUAAAAUAAAAAGCCCAUCUCAAUCCAGCUCUACAUAAUAAUCACAAGCCUAUUUCUAAAUUGCCUUUCAUUUUAAAACUUCAGGAGAGAGUAGUUUAUUCUCAGCUACACUCAUAUUUGAAGUGUUUAACAUCUUAGACAUGUUCCAGUCCGGCUUCAGAACCUUUCACAGUACCGAAUAUGCUCUGCUUAAGGUCACUGAUGACAUCUUGCUCUUCUUGACUCUGGCUGGCAUUGUAACCUUGUCCCCCUUUGUUGUUUUAUGUCAAAGGGUGAUUGUGCCUUUUCUGUUAUCCCCCCAAACUCUGGAACAAUCUCCCCAUUCACGUGAGGUCUGCUCCUUCCCGAACUAUUUCCAAAUCUUCCCUUAAAUCUAAUUGUUACUCUUUUGCUUUUGAUACAGUUUAAUUGUGAGAUUGUUUAGUCUGUGGUUUUAUCUUGUUGAUUUAUUCAUUCAUUGUUUUAUUGUUUUAAAUGUUCUGUUUUAAUUAUCUCGUUUUAUUGAAUUGUACAGCACUUUGGAUCACCUUAUGUUGUCUUUAAAUGUGCUUUAUAAAGAAAAAUUGUCUUUGACUUCAUUCAAGUAUACAAAUACAUUUUUACCCAGUCUGCCUUUCCUAACAGUAGGCUACGUAAAAUGAGUGAGACAAAUGGUGGAUGCAGAGAAGCACCUACUAGUUUAUGCAGUUUGACUGGUUUGUAAAAAUCUAAAGCAGGAACUUCAUGUACAAAGGCAUCACACUCUCUUAAAUCAGGAAAGCCACUUGUGUUCUGUGGCCCUUGGGCGUACAGCGACCGUCAGGGGGCACUAGUGACCACCCUUCUGAAACAGAAAAUGAAAUUAAACCUAAAAUCUACAGUCUCUUUGACUUCACGAAUGCGCGCGUGCAAAAACAGCAAGUUCACAUGAAGUGCUGUAUUUGAAUUGCACAAGUUAUGGAAAUCGAUUGUAUGGUCCGAAAUGGUUCAAGACUUUAGCAAAAGUAUUGUCGGACUCCAUCUCCUUGGAAAUCGUUUAUUGUUAUUAUUCUAAAGCCUCACCAGUAACUGAAGAAAACUCAUCUGAUCAAGAUCUGUAUGUUGAUUAAUUACUGCUGGAACCAAGAAGACAGGGCAGAGGAACAUAUAGGGAAAUAAGAGGUUAAAAAGCUCUCUACACAUAAGGUCAGUAUAAAAGACCCAGCAUGCUCUUUUCCAUGCUGAAAUCCUCAAAAUUUCAUGUAACAGUCAUCAUAUGCUAUGGCUAUUUGAUCAUUUAAAUUAUACAUCUUAAUAUAGUUGUGUGGCUACUUAACUGUCAUGUCUGUGUCGUUGCAAUGUAUCAUGAAAAGGACUGAUAAAUUGCACUGAUAAUACAAUAAUUCACUAUCAAAUCAAUAUCAAACAUCAGGAUUGUAAAGAUUCUCCAACAAGAGGUGAUUGUAAAAGUUGAGUCAGUAGCUAAAAGUAGGGAUAUCAUUUUUCAAUACAAUUAGUUAAAAAAUGUUGUGCUUGACAAUACCAGUAUUUUUAGUAUUGCUGUAAAAAAGGACAGUGCAGAGACAGUAUUUUCUCCCCAAUUUGGAAUGCCCAGUUCCCAACAUAGUGUGUGUGGAGGCUUCAAACUAUGAUUAUUAUUGUGCAAAACCAGAAAUUAUUUAAUAAGAAAAAUUUGCAGAAUUUGCAGCCUACCAACUAUUAUGGUCAAAGCAGCAAAUUCAUUGCAUUUGGAUUUUUUCUGUUGCACAAGAUUGGUUUGAUUUUUUUUAUUUCUGAAAGCAGAGAAACCAUUUCUGAAUAAAGUUUAAAACAUGGAAACUCAAGACCCUGAUGUUAUUGAGGCAGUAAAGUUAUCAGGGGAAUCCUCACUGGAAAAAGCUACAGCAAAAGCUAAAGCAGAAUUUGACCAGUUGUUAAAUGUCUCACUUAACAUCGCUGUGACUGGAAGUACAGGAGCCGGGAAAUCCUCCUUUGUAAAUGUACUUAGAGGUUUAGGAGAUGAUGAUGAUGGAGCAGCCCCCGUUGGAGUCACAGAAACUACAGUGGAGGCCACCAUGUAUGAGCACCCUGCAAUUCCAAACGUGAAAAUCUGGGAUCUGCCUGGAAUAGGAAGUCCAAAAUUUAAAGCAAAUAAAUACCUUAAAGAUGUCAAAUUCAACACAUAUGAUUUCUUCAUCAUCAUUAGCUCAGGGAGGUUCCAGCAGAAUGACAUCAUGCUGGCUAAAGAAAUAAAGAAUGAGAAGAAAAACUUUUACUUUGUUCGUUCCAAGAUUGACAGUGACAUCUUUGCAGAGCAAAAGAGAAAGGGGUUUGAUGAGCAGAAAACUCUUUCCAAAAUAAGAGAGGACUGUAAGAAAAACUUGAAAGAGCUGGGAAACCCCAAGGUUUUCUUGAUAUCAGUUUUUGACUUGGAGAAAUAUGAUUUUGAAAAGCUUCAAAACACUCUGGAAGAAGAGCUUCCAGAGCAUAAGAGAUCUGCUCUUCUACAAGCCUGGCCAGUGUGCUCUGCUGAGUCUCUCGAGAAGAAGAUCAAGUUUUUAAAAGGACUGAUCUGGGCUGCAGCUCUUGCCUCUGCUGGUAUGGCAGUGGUCCCUGUGCCUGGCCUAUCAGCAGCAUGUGAUGCAGGGAUUGUGUUGCUUUUCUUCACAAGAUGCUACUAUGCAUUUGGCUUGGAUGAUGGAUCACUGAAAAAGCUUUCAGAAAAAGUGAACAAGCCGUUGCAGAAAUAUCUGGGUAAAUCAAAGAUUGCUGCUGCCAUCCAAAACAAAACACUAACCAGAUUACAAGUUUCUGCAUCACUCGCAACACUGGCUACCCUUGAAUGGCUUGCUAGUCUCUUUCCAGGUGCGGGCAGUGUUGUUGCUGCAGGAUUGUCCUUUGGCACUACAUUUUACCUCUUGAGAGAAGGAUUAAAUGAACUGGCAAAUACUGCUAGAGAAAUCAGAAAAGAAGCUGGAUUGGACCCGAUGUGCAGUAAUUCCUAGCUUGCCUGAACAUAUAUAUAUUGUUUUUAAUCAUCUAAAGACUAUGUGUUGUCUAUUGCUUCAUGGACUAAAUAGUCAUAUGAUGUUGUUUGUUAGAUUGUGUGCUGAUGUUGGAGUUAUGUAAUGAUGAGUGCCAGACUGUAUACAUUUAUAUUUGAUCAGUUUAAACAGUUUAAUUUUGGGCUUUUAAUUCUUGCAUCUGUGAUCAUUUUCAUUGCUAAGACACCAGAAUGUUAUCUCAAUCUCAUAAUAAUGUUUGCAGUUGCAUAUAAUCAUGUAUAAUGUAUAGUAUAAUACAUAAUAGAAUAAAAAUCUGUUUUAUAUUUUUGUUGAUUUUUGUGAUAAAUGUUUGUACCAUAUAUGCCACUAUAAAACUAUACUAAAUUUUGCCUUAACAAACUUCCUAAUUGUUCAUGACCAGUUAAAGAACUCAUCAUGACUUGUGCUGUAAUGAGUUGUAAUGAGUGUUGUAAUGGAAAUGUAAUUUGGAAACUCUACAUGGCACGGGCUGAUAGGUCGACCAGGCACUCCUCUGUCUACGCACCCAUUCAGAAGGUUUUUCCCUCUAUUCAAAAUAUAUAAAACUGGUACUCACCUAACACAAUGUCCCUUCAACUGGCCACAGCAGGGCCGUUAGGUGUAGCAUUCUCUCUCCACCUCCCCAGCACCACCUGCCUAGAUCUGCUUUACAGGGGCUGUGUCUUGAUGUUUGUACAGUAGUAGCAGCAUGUCUCUUCUGUCUCAGCAGCAUCAUGUUUCCAUGCCAACAGCAGCAGCAUAUGUAAAGAAGAUCUAGUCUGCCAGUACCAAAUCUACUCCACUGUCAUUACCAUCAAUAAAAAUCUUUAAU